AUGUCAAAAUUUUACUUCCCAUUCGGCACAGCAAAAUGUAAAAUUUGUUUACAAUAUAGGAAAUGUUUUAACCCCAACUCAACACAAAGAAAAUUGUUAUCAUUUGACACACAGCUUUAGUACACUUUAUCGAUAAAUGAAUAAGAUGAUUGAGAUCGAAUCGGAUUUCUCGAUAUAUUUAAUUGUUGGCGAAUCGUUGAUUCGUACAUGUUAGGAAGAAGCUUGUUGAUAAACGUGUUUGGUGUUAAUUGCCGGUGUUUUGCUUUGCUUAAAAAUAAAUAAAAUUUAAUUAUGUCAGCUGCUAUGCCCAUUAAUCCAAAACCAUUUCUUAAUGGUUUAACUGGUAAAGCGGUUAUAAUAAAACUAAAAUGGGGUCACGAAUAUAAAGGAUAUUUGGUUUCCGUGGAUGGCUACAUGAAUAUGCAGCUGGCCAAUACCGAGGAACAUACCGCCGAUGGUCAAGUAACAGGAAAUUUAGGGGAAGUUCUAAUACGUUGUAACAACGUAUUAUAUAUAAAAGGUGUAGAUGAUGAGGAUGAGGAGGGUGAAAUGAGAGAUUAAAGUGAUAUAUGAAAAAAUGUGAAAAUCCCAAGAACGAAAUAAUGCAGCAGGUUUUUAGAAUUAAGCUAUGUUAUGUGCAUAUAAUUAAAGUUUGUAUUAGAAUUAUAAUAAUUAUAAUUUAAAGAUAUUAAAAAUUCCUUUAAAUAUACACUUUUAGGGAUUUUAAAAUCUUAAAAGAGUAUAUCUUGAAUUACUCAAAACCUGAAGUAAAAUUGAAAAAGGAAAAAUAAAUAAAGGAAUAAAAAAUAUAUGAAAAUGCGA